GCGCAGCCCGAGUAGCCACGUUGACGCGGCGGGAGGCGGGCGCGCGCUUGGUCGCCACGUUUGGUCUCGCGCCUGGAGUAGCGGCCGGAGGGACCCCCGGGCGGCGGCAGCAGCAGCAGCAAGAGCCAUGUCUUCGCCGCCCAAAGCCAAAGCGGAGACGCGGGCCGGACACCCUCCUGCUGUUAAGGCUGGCGGAAUGAGAAUCGUGCAGAAGCACCCGCAUGCGCCAGAUGCCAAAGAGGAGAAAGAUAAGGAUGAACAGCAGGACUGGGAAAGCGGCAGCAGCCCACCUAAACCAACUGUGUUUAUUUCAGGAGUCAUUGCAAGGGGGGAUAAAGAUUUCCCUCCAGCUGCAGCCCAGGUGGCCCAUCAGAAACCACAUCCUUCGGUGGAAAAGCUUCCUCCCCCACAGCAUGUCAACCAGUAUAUCCACCAGCCUCGCAAAUGAGUUGCCUGCCCAAGACCUAGCCAUCAUGUUUUCUGUGUGGAAAAUUACAAGAUUUGUGCUGCCAGAUUUUUUGCCUUAAUUACCUAUGGUUUCAAUGGUUUAAUGUAAAAGGGGAAGAGGGAGAGAAGGGCAAAGAAUCUUCACUUCCAUCACUCCAGCUGAAAAAUAUGCUCUUCCAUACUGCCAGUUUGAAAUGUUACUUUCAUAGAAAUGUAACAGCGUGGGGAUGGUUUACAUAAAACUGUUCCUUUACUCAAUAAUUAUUUUAAACCUUUUCAUCCCUGGUUUCUGGCACUACAGGAAUAUGCAACAUGGGAGAUGGAAGUGGAUGUUAUCCUUCUUCCCUUUUAUAAUAUGAUUUUUAAAUUUUAUGUAAGGCAGACUUUCAUGGCAUUGUUGUGAUCUCUGUUUAAUUUGGUGUUUCAUUAGUCUUAAAUAAUUUAAGAGUAAGUUGCUAAUUUUUUUACAUAGAUAUAAAAGGACCAGAAGUGUUCUUAGAUGGAUAGAUACUUCUUAUGUUUGUAACCCUUCAGAGGAUUUAUGCCAUUGUUGCAACAUAGCCAAAGAUUACCCAGCCUCUUGGCCCAUGAUUUAGCAAAAUGCUCUUUGUAUUUUUCCUGAGAGCGACAGCACCAUAUUAUAAACAAUCCCAUUAAAACAGCCAAGCUUGAGUUGGGUAAAUUGCUCAAGUUGCUAGAUGUAUAUGGCAGAUCUUUCAGCCUCUCGAGAUAGAAAUAGCACAUUGCGACAGUCCUUCUUGAAUAUAUAGCAUUCAUGUCUCAGGAGCACAUCAUCUCUUUAAAUGCACUUUUGUGUACAGAAUCUUCUGUGCAUGGAAAGCUGCUAUCCCAAGAUUGACUAAAAUUCUUCCUGGUCUGCUAGCUUUCUGUGUUUGCAGUCCAUGAGAUAAAAUCCAGAGUACUACACCAAAUACUAUUUCUGCAGGCUUGAAUCGGCUGCACAGUGGCAACUUGAAUUGGGCAUUUUGUUAAUCAUUCUGAUAUAAUCUCUUCAUGAUCAAUAAUUUGAUCUUGCCUUUUUAAUCACAGCAAAGAGAGUAUAUUAAAGAGAAUGGCCACCAACCGCCUCCAAUGCACUGCAGUUGGCUGCAGAGAAAGUUGUCUAUGUUCCCAUAUACAUCAGAUAUAUCCAUUAAGUUCAUUGGGGACCAAGUGACCAUUCAAAGAUGGAUCAGAAUCCAUAUCUGCUUCUGGUGUAUGUGAGAAUUUCCUUUGCCAGAUUGGAAAAAAUUGAAAGUACUUCUUACUUCAAUUAAGAUUGCCAAUUAAUGAAAGCUCGGCCUGACCAUGCAUAUAAAAUUUUAAUUACAGCUGUGUAAUUUACACUUAGUUCUUAUAGAUUCAAGUUUCACCUGCAUUUUUACAGGUACUUUGAUUUUUAAAUGAUGAACUUACACUAAAUCCUCCCCCCCCAUUUAUAAUCUACAAAGGGUUUUAAUGACUUUGAGGAAGGUUGGGCUGCUAAUAAAUUAUUGUUGCAACUGCUCAUUCCCUUUGGGCUUUUGAGAAUCGCUUGUUUUUAAUGACAAAUAACAUGAGAAAGCAACAAGAGGAGAAAGUUUUAAUAAUAAAAAUUUUCCCUUGAAAAA